AUGUUUGCGCUCGCCACUUGCUCAUCCCGGUCUCUCCCGGCUCUCAAGAGCCUACAACGGGUCAUCUUCCGCUCGCACAAUGAUGGAGACAGCGUCAAGAUUUCCAUUCCUUUGGCCUCCGAGUUCCCGCUCAAUAUCGACGGCAAGAUCCACCCGCCCAUCGUCAAGAUAUCCAUUCCUAUCAAGAAUAUCCUUAACAUUGAGGAAACUCCAAUAGUAGAGUUUGCAGAUACUUGCAAGAUUCGCGUCAUCGACAAUGAUGACACGUAUGCCAUUGAGGAGUAUUUCUUCUCCUUCUUCAGCUUUGGCAAGAAGGCCAUCCAGGUUCUCUUGAUUCCUCCGAUUCCUCCACGAAACAAAGACAUAACCAAGUCGCUCCGCCUGGCCCCACCUAUAGAUAUUAUCCGAACAGAACCUGACGAGACUCCUCUCAUGAGCAGAAUGCUCGAGGCACGAACCGAAAUGGCAGCCCGGCCCAGUUUCGAUCUUCAUGACGAUGUUCACCAUGAUGACGCCGGUGGAACUGGACAGCUUGCCAAAAAGCUAAAGGAUAUCUUCGAGUUUGACACGGCCGAAGAGGAAGAGUUCUUUGAUGCGGUCGACGCCGGUACCGUCGAGGUUUCCCAGCUUCCCCCAAGGGAUACGAGAACGGCAUAA